UUAAAUUUUAGCCAUCUUCAUUCUCACACUCAACCUUCCUUUCUCUCUCUUUCUAGCUCCCUUCAUUCUCAUUCUCUCUCGGCUUUGUUUUCUCUUUGAUCUGAUUCCUCUGUUCUAUUUCUAAUCCAUCACCCACCACGGAAAAGAGAAGGGAAAAAAAAAAGAACAAAAAAAAACUUUACUUUAAGAAUUUUGAAGAAUAAAAACAAAAGAGAAUAACAAUGGUUUUCUCCUCCAUCCAAGCUUAUCUUGAUUCAUCCAACUGGCAACAAGCUCCUCCGAGCAAUUACAAUCAGGACGGUGCAGGAGCCUCAGCAACUGGAGGUCAUGUUCUUCGUCCUCAGCUGCAGCAGCAACAACAGCAGCCACAGUCUAAUGGGAGCGGAGGCUGCGGUUCUAUCCGAGCAGGAUCGAUGGUGGAUAGAGCAAGACAAGCAAACGUAGCCUUACCAGAAGCAGCACUGAAAUGUCCAAGAUGCGAAUCCACCAACACUAAGUUCUGCUACUUCAACAACUACAGCCUCACUCAGCCACGCCACUUCUGCAAGACCUGCCGAAGAUACUGGACACGUGGCGGUGCCCUCCGCAACGUCCCCGUAGGCGGUGGCUGCCGAAGAAAUCGGCGUUCUAAAAGCAGUAGCAACAACAACAAUAACAGCACUGCUACUAGCAACAACAACAGCUUCUCAUCCGGGAAUGCAUCGACCAUCAGCUCGAUUCUCUCUUCUCACUAUGGAGGAAACCAAGAGAGUAUCUUAAGCCAGAUUUUGUCUCCGGGGAGGCUAAUGAAUCCUACUUAUAAUCAUCUCGGAGAUCUCGCAAAUAAUACAAAAACAGACAACAACAUGAGCUUGCUGAACUAUGGAGGAUUGAGUCAAGACUUGAGGUCAAUCCAUAUGGGAACAUCUGGUGGCUCGCUUAUGAGCUGUGUUGAUGAGUGGAGAUCGACGUCUCAUCAUCAGCAGCCGAGUUUGGGAGGUGGAAACUUGGACGAUUCCUCUAAUCCUAAUCCAUCCUCAAAUGGGUUUUACCCUUUUGAGUCGCCGAGGAUAACCUCAGCCUCGAUCUCUUCUGCUUUGGCAUCGCAAUUUUCUUCGGUUAAAGUUGAAGAUAAUCCUUACAAAUGGGUUAAUGUCAAUGGUAACUGCUCUUCCUGGACUGAUCUUUCCGCUUUCGGCUCUUCUCGUUGAGUUCAACCACACUCAAAAAAAAAGAGGAAACUUGAGGGUAUACUUUGGUGCAAAAAAGAAAACCUAGUUACUAGUUAUUAGGUUAGUUUUGUCUUAUUUUAAUUUGCGUUUUUGUUUAGUUAAUGCUGUUUACAACUUUCCGGCGUUCUCUAUCUAAUGUUGUUAAGCUAUUGGAUGUUUUUGAGACUGUUCCUUUGUUAUUUAUCACAAUUCCUUUGUUAUCUUUCGAGUUUCACUACUAUGAAUGUAUUAGAGAGAUUUAUCUCUCGAUCUUAGUUAUUGAAAUUCCGACGAGUUCAUUUAA